UUUCGUAGCGAAUAUAUGGCUACUGGGGUCAUUACAAAAAACCCUCCCAACCCUACAGGUACAAAUGUGCAGGUAUAGGAUCGGUUGGCAACCUCCCACAUACCACCCACGCCACCUACAUAGUGCUCCUGGCACACAGAGAAGUGCCAGCCCUUUGUGCUUGGACUUUAUUGCCCCGUCCCCAGCCCUGGGCGGAAAAUACAGCGCCUGGGGUGCACGCAGUCAGGAAAUGAGGGCCAGAAGGGUACUGCCUGCCAGCCCAGGACUUCUGGGUUCAAUUGCAGCUGUCUUCUUUUGACCCUGCGGCUGUCAUCCUGUUGUUCACCGCCACCUGAGAGUCUCUUACCGCAGAGAUGUCAACAGAAGGGGAGCCAAGCAGCCUUAUCAAAAUCAUCCAUCUUUUUCUACUCUCCACAGCCUGGGGGAUGCAGAUAUGGGUGACCUUUAUUGCAGGGUUUGUUCUCUUUCGAGGUGUGAACCGACACACCUUUGGCCUGGUACAAAGCAAGCUGUUUCCCUUCUAUUUCUACACCCUGCUUAGCUGCACUUUCUUGAACCUUGCCAUCUUUGCUACAUACCACCCUCGGGAACUACUCAGUGCCAGGGAAACCAUCGAGAUUGUGCUGUUUUUCAUUUGCCUCAUCUUGGCUGCUGUGAAUGCUUCCUGGCUGUCCCAAGUCACCACCAAGACAAUGUUCAAGAUGCAGGAGAUAGAAAGGGAACAUGGGCUUGGGGAGGAAGUGGGAUUAUCAGCUGAGCGGGAGGCUUACAAGCUUCUGAAGGAGAAGGAUGCCAAAUAUCGGAGCCUGCGUCAGAAGUUCUUCAAGUUCCAUGGCCUGUCCUCUGUCUGCAAUCUGGCUUGUGUCAUCUCUACUGGUGUGAAUUUGGCAUGCAUAGCGCUGCACCUGAAUAGCCUGUAAACUACAGGAGGUACUCUAUGCCUCUGUUCCCAUUCUCUUCAGUGUUUGCUACAGGAUUUAUUUUCUAAGACAUAAACUUUCUUUUGAAGCAUUGAUUGCAGCCUGGAUUCUGAGCUAUGCUACUUGACCACAUGGAGGAGGAGUUUGGCAGUGGCCAGAAAUCAAUUCCUUGAAGUGAAUGGUUGUGAGGAAACUCCCCAGCAAGGGAUGGUGCGUUGAGAGGUAGAUGAAAACCUCUUUAGUCAUAUUCCUCAGUGCCCAGCCAUCUUGUUUUGGAUACUUUUGCAUAAAUAAUUUCUAUCUCUACAUCUUAGGUUCAAUUUGCCUAGGAACCAUUUUAAACAAUACAGAAUUAUAGGAAUACCCCUAAAUAGAAACAACUAAAAUGUCAGCUCAUACUUGCUCCAACCACUGCGCUCCUUUAUAAACUGAAAACGUUCAGCUCUGCUUCUGAUAAACCUUUGUCAGGCCUCCAAAAUGGGUCCAGAGACCCAGAAUAGAUUCCAGGAACAUCUCCAUACAAGCUGUUCAUGCACAUACUUGACACAUGCAGGACACUCUCUAAAGCAGAGCUAGUCUGUUAUCUCUCCCACUCCCCACAGGCCAAGUUUGACCUGUCAUAAUGACAUCAGGUGACCCUUUUGUGCCCACACAAUUUGAAAUCAAACUAUACGAGCAAAUGCACAGCUCACAAGGUGCCAACGACAUUACAAAUCACUCAGCAAAAUCCAGCAAUCAGCUGAUAGUUGGGUUUUGCAUAGUGCGUUGCAAAGGGCAUCUCAAGAUCCAACAAUCAGCUGAUCAGUGGGUCUUGCAAAGCUCUUUGCAGGCACUGCCAGUCAAUUAAUCAGCAGUGCUUGCAAAUCCAUUUGGCUGCCCCUUACCUAACAUCCUGUAUGACAGCAGGUGUAGGGCAGGUGUUUGUGGCUUGGUUGAAAUGAGCCAAAUGAGGUCUGGCUGGUCAGAUUAAGUUCUCAGGCCAGAGGUUCAUUCCAAGCACUGGAUUGGACCUUUCUUUUCCAAACUAGAAUAUAAUCUGAUUUGUUGAAAGACCUCUGCUGAAGCAAGACACAAGAACAAUCCUUUCAGGUUACUGAUUCAGACCAAGAGUUCAGUUUUAAAAAAUCGGAGGUAAUGGUGGUACAGUUACUGCAACCAGCUCAUGAGCCAAUUAAAAAAUCAAGGGGUGGGAGAAGAAUUUUAUACAUUUUUUAUUUGCCUGGAUUUUUGCGUUUUCAAGAAUGGGAGUUUGUUGCUUUAAAGCUACAAUCUACUCUAGCAGAUAAGGAGAUCUGGUACAGAAAGGAUCAGUUUAGGAUUUUAGGGUGUGGGGGUGACUGAGCAAGUGACAGUGGCUCAUUAUCAGAGAAUACCUCAGUCCUCUGCCCAGAUGACUCAUGCAAACAAGCUAACAAACCUUAUCCCAUCAUGACAAUAACUUGAGCUUGCAACUGGUGUAGCUAAAGUACAGCUUUCCCAUUCUCAUCACAACCUGUCAAGGAACAGUGCCACGCCCCAAUCUCUUAGCGUGCCUGCUCAAGAACACAGGGACAGUCCUAUCAUUAGGCAGCGGUAGCCCCAUCACAUUUAGAGACACUCUGGACUUGUUUGUGGCCAUCUCUUGUGCUGGCCAAUCGACUCUGGACAGCGUAGCCAAUCACAAUAAUUUCUAUGAUCCCACCCAUUUCUCCAGGGGUUAAAAAGGUUUUUAAAUAUUAAAUUCCCAUAAGAGUGGCAUCUGGUAGACAAGUGGACCCCUUUGAACGUCCAUUUUUAUUUUAUUUCCUACUGUGGCUAGUAGUUUAAUCCAUUGGUCAAUCAGAAUUCCCUCAGGAAAGAACUGAAAGUCCCAUAGGGUUGGGGCAGGAUUAUAAACAAUCUCCCUAACCAAUCAGACACAUGCAAAUCUUCUUGUUCUCUGAGUUUGCUGUACUGUUCCCUCACUUUUGCAAGCAGGAAGUUCCCUAUUUGUGGCCAACCUUUGAAAGCAGCAGUAUAUCUCUGUAAGUUUGUUGGUCUGGGUUUGUUACUGAUAUAUUAAUUUAUUUAAGGACAGGAGUGGUGGAAAUAAUAAUUUGGUAGCAUGGGAGGAGAAGAGGAGGAAAAAUCUCCAGACCGCUCCUGGCUCUGGCUUCUCAGUUUGGGGGAGGGAAAAUUUGGUCUUUGUGUGUGUGCACAGCAAAGAGAGGAAGAGGAGGGGAAAGGUGUGUGUUUGUAUAUGUGUGCAGAGUGCAGAUGAAGGAGGAUUGUGGGGAAGCCAGCCUUAUGAUCUGUGAAUAUUACUACCAUUUCUUUUUUUAAAAAAAAUUAUUUUUAUUUCCAUUUUGCAUUAACAUGUAUUUAGUUACAAAAUAAUACAAAAAAACCUAUUAACUACCUUUCCCUCCCUUUCCCCAACCCAUCACCCCCCUUCCCUCCCUUUCCCCUAAUGACUAUUAACUUUCAAGAUUUUAUUUUGUAGUUUGAGAAACUUUCCAUUAUUAAGCUAUCCACAACGAUCUGAAAGGGUAGGGCACUGGUCCCAAACUAGUGUCCGAUGUAGCAGCCAAGAUAAAAGGCCACCAAUCUGCUUCAAAAGAGUCUUUUCUUUUUCCCCUCCGCCAUUCUUAUUUUCUGUGUUAACUUCUCUAAUAGAGCGAUUUCUCAUAGUUUCUUUUGCCAGGUUUGCAGUGUUAAACCGUCCAGUGAUUUCCAAUAUUUGGCAAUCGUCAAUUUGGCUGCUGCCAGCAUAAAUCCUAUAAGUCUUUCAUAUUGUAGAUUUGUGUUGUCCCAUAAAAAUGUUCAAUAAAGCUAAUUCAGGCCUGAAGUAA